CGCCGUUAUUUGCCUGUCCUUACAGACAAACAAACAACACAAAAAAAAGACAGGACGAGACCAGAUGCUCAUUGCCAUGUAGGCUGUCAGUAUAGCAUUCAUAGACAACUACAACACCCACCUCCCCACCCAGAAGAAGAAGAAGAAGAAGAAGAAGAGAAAGAAGACCCGAAGAAAUGGCACCUGCCCGUAAACGCCGCGCGGUCCCCGACUCACCCAGCGAAGAAGACGACGUCCCCACGCCCGCGACGCAACGACGCCGGGUAGCAGCGGCGCAUAGCGAAGACGAUGGCGACGACGACAACGACGAUGCCGGUUCCGAUGAUGCGUACGAUACGCGGGCGCCCAGUAGCACGGACGUGAUGGUGAAGAAGAUGGUGCGGUUAGCGCUAGCGAGCGAGUUCUCGCGCCUGCCGAUCCGACGAUCGGAUAUUAGUGUUAAGGUGCUGGGGGAGCAGGGGACGAGACAGUUCAAGACGGUGUUUGAGGAGGCGCAGAGGGUGUUGCAGGAGAAGUUUGGGAUGGAGAUGAUGGAGUUGCCGGUUAAGGAGAAGGUUACGGUGCAGCAGAGGAGGGCUGCGCAAAAGGUUGAAAAGCCUUCAUCUACGAACAAGUCCUGGAUAGUGACGACUACGUUGCCGACGAAGUACCGGAAGCCUGAGAUACUGCUGCCAAGUAGGGCGCCGAUGGAGAGUACAUAUACGGGGCUGUAUAGUUUUAUUAUCGCGGUGAUUGUGCUUAAUGGGGGCACGAUUCAUGAGCAGAAGCUCGAGAGGUAUCUGAAGCGGACUAAUACGGAUGCGUGGACGCCUAUUGAUCGGACGGAUCGGUUCUUGCAGCGGUUGUGUAAGGAGGGGUAUUUGGUCCGCAAUCGCGAUGUGGAUGGUGGGGAGGAGGUCAUUGAGUAUAUUCUUGGGCCUAGGGGGAAGAUUGAGGUGGGGACGAAGGGGGUUGCGAGGUUGGUUCGAGAGGUCUAUGGGCAGUCUGAGGGCAGUGAGAGGGAUGAUGAGUUUGAGAUCCGGCUGGCGCGGAGUCUUGGGCUUAAGCAGCCGGAACCGCGAGGGCGGGAGGCAAAGGCAGAGGCGGGAGCAGCCUAG